CGCCACUCGGGUUUCCCCCACGGCUCAGCAGUGAUGGCUGAGCCAGCAUCCCUGGCGUCCUCGGGCUAAAUAAGGAUCCUGCUCGGGCUGGAUGUCCAAAGCAGCUCCCGCCAAGAAGCCGUCGGCCCCACCUCCAGGCUGUACCUUGGACAUCAAUGAUCCCCAGGUGCAGAAUGCGGCCAUCCGCAUCCAGGCCUCUUACAGGGGCCACAGGUCCCGGAAAGAGCUGAAGGAGAAGGGGCCACCCCGAGUACUACAGCCGCUGCAGGACGUUGUGCUGAUCGAGGGAAGCGCAGCGAAACUGUCCUGUCGGAUUUCGGCUUUUCCUGACCCUUUUAUCCGCUGGAGCAAAGAUGGCAAGGAGCUCCGAGAUGGGCCCAAGUACCGCUACGUCUUCGAGGACCCCGACGUGGUGGCCUUGGUGGUGCGCGAUGGAGAGCUGGCUGACCUGGGUCAGUACAGCAUCAACGUUACCAAUCCCUUUGGCGAGUGCUCAGACUCCGCGCGGAUACUCGUGGAAGUCCCAGCAAAGAUCAAGAAGGGACCAGACAAUGCCAAGGCACGCAAAGGAACCACAGUGACACUGACCGCAGAAAUCCUAGGCGAGCCACCUCCUGACGUAGGAUGGACCAAGGACGGGCAGGACAUUGAUGAGGAUGACAGGGUGUUCUACGAAAUCGGCAGCACUACCACUACGCUGACCAUCCGCCGGGCCACAGCUGAGGAUAGCGGCAAGUACGAGGUCUACGUGGAGAACAGCCUGGGGAUGGACCAGAGUUUCGCCCGCUUGGAUGUUGCCUGAGGGGAAUCUUUGGAUCUUUCAUCCUUGUUCUGGGUGUCGGGGCUGUUACUACGUCCCUUCUUCGGGUUGCAGAUAAUAAAGUUAU